AUGUUGCAAGGUAAUGUGGCUAGGCACGAGGGUGCCGAAGGCAAAUGGGAUGUUGAAGGCACAAAGCUUGCAUGUCGCAGGGCGAUGUGCCUAGGCAAAGGGGUGUCGAAGGCGAAGGGAUGCCGAAGGCGACACAAAGCUUGCGUGUUGCAAGGCAAUGUGGCUAGGCACGGGGGUGCCGAAGGAGACACAAGGCUUGCAUUUUGCAAGGCAAUGUGGUUAGGCACGGGAUUGCUGAAGGCACAAAGCUUGCAUGUCGCAGGGCGAUGUGCCUAG